UUCUGAUGUUGCACGACGGGAAAUGCUUUGAAUACUCGCGACAUGGCCGCGCGCAUUGAUUGCCAAGAUUGACAGCACCUCCACCACCGUCUUCUCCUGAGCACGAGAGAGAGAGAGAGAGAGAGCGCGAGAGAGCGAGAGAGAGAGAAACAGAGAGACAGACAGAGAGAGAGGGAGAGCAGGUAUUGGCGAACAACAAAAGCCACUUGUAGUUUGUGGACAGCUCAACUUCACUCAGAGUACAGACACGGGAUCCCCACGCAGCAGCCGCCGCGUGUGAGUGUAGACUUUUAAGUUUUCAGUCAACAGAAGAAGAAGAAGGAGAAGAAGAAGAAGAAGAAGAAGAAGGAGAAGAAGAAGAAAAAGAAGAAGAAAAAGAAGAAGAAAAAAUAAAAAGCCUCAGCGCUGGGUCGAGUUUCGUUCGCGCACGAGGAAAAGGACGCACAGUUUAUCCACUCCACUCCACGGCUCGAUCACUAAGGUUAUUUACAUGCAUUCAAGAUCAACUGACCAGUGAUUGGUGGAAGCUGGGGAUUGAGUCUUUCACUUUUUAACCCCGCACGCUGACAUGGAGGGCUUUCUACGUAGCAGCUUUUUACUGAGCAGAGUCAUGUCUUCCAAGCAAGCCACCUCCCCUUUUGCCUCCGUGGUCGAUGGGGAUGACGCCAUGAGUCAGGAACACUUGCCCUGGGAGAAAGAGGAGAGCGCCGAGGCCCACGGCACGCCACAGCUGCCCCUGCACAGUCUGCUCCACGGGAAGGCCCAUCCCGACGACGUGCAGCAGCUCAGCAGUGUACCGCCGGAGAGCGACUGGGACAGCCUGGUGUCAGCACAGCAGCGCAUGGAAUCCGACAGCAAUAAAGUAUGCUCCCUGUACUCCUUCCGGAACAAUUCUACUUCCCCACAUAAGCCAGAGGAGGGGGCCCGGGAGCGAAGUGACCUGCUGAGCGGAUCAGCGUUUGGAACGCCGGAGCGCCGCAAAGGAAGCUUGGCAGAUGUAGUGGACACGCUGAAGCAGAAGAAGAUGGAGGAGAUGACAAAGACAGAGCAAGACGAAACGUCAUGCAUGGAGAAACUUCUUUCUAAAGAGUGGAAAGAGAAGAUGGAGAGGCUGAACACCAGCGAACUUUUAGCAGAUGUAAAAGGAACUCCAGAGAGCUUGGCAGAAAAGGAACACCAGCUCUCCACAAUGAUCACCCAGCUCAUCAGCCUGAGAGAGCAGCUUCUGGCGGCUCAUGACGAACAGAAGAAGCUCGCCGCCUCACAGAUGGAGAAACAGAGGCAGCAAAUGGAGUUAGCUCGUCAGCAGCAGGAGCAGAUUGCAAGACAACAGCAGCAGCUCCUGCAGCAGCAGCACAAAAUCAACCUCCUCCAGCAGCAGAUUCAGCAGGUCCAGGGUCACAUGCCUCCGCUCAUGAUCCCCAUUUUUCCACACGACCAACGCACUCUGGCAGCCGCCGCCGCCGCACAGCAAGGCUUUCUCUUCCCCCCGGGAAUGUCUUAUAAGCCAGGUGAUAACUACCCGAUGCAGUUCAUUCCAUCCACAAUGGCAGCUGCGGCAGCGUCAGGACUCAGCCCCCUCCAGCUCCAGCAACUGUAUGCGGCCCAGCUUGCCAGCAUGCAGGUCUCUCCUGGAUCCAAGAUGCCUCCGCUCCCCCAGUCCAUCAAUGCCAGUGGGCCCAUUUCCCCCUCCUUGCUGAAGAACGACAAGAGUUCCUCCAGCCCCAUCACUCAAGUCAAGGAGGAAGGAACACAGCCGCUCAACCUGUCUGCUCGGCCAAAGACGGCAGACAUGGUCAAGUCUCCCACAUCCCCGACACAAAACCUGUUUCCCGGCAGUAAAAACAGCCCAAACAGUCUUCUGAUCAAGGGCGGAAUCCCGAGUCCACUGGGAGGACUGGGACGGGGCUCGUCCCUCGAUAUUCUGUCCAGCCUAAACUCCACCGCGCUGUUUGGGGACCAGGACACGGUGAUGAAGGCCAUCCAGGAGGCGAGGAAAAUGAGGGAGCAGAUCCAGAGGGAGCAGCUGCAACAUCACCAGCAGGGCAUGGAGGCAAAGCUCUCCGCACUCACUUCAGUGGGCCUCAACAACUGCAGAGUUGACAAGGAGAGGGCGCACUUUGAGAACAGUGGCCACCACCUCGGAAAGCUGGGUGAGGAAGGGAAGAUUGGCCACCGAGUUAUUGACCUCACCAGGCCAGAGGAUCUAGAUGGAGGUGCAGGAUCCCUCGAGGCGCGAGUCUUCAGGGAAUCUCGGGGAAGGAACAACAACGAGCCCCACAUUAAAAGGCCGAUGAAUGCGUUCAUGGUGUGGGCCAAGGAUGAGCGGCGCAAGAUUCUGCAGGCCUUCCCCGACAUGCACAACUCCAACAUCAGCAAAAUCUUGGGUUCUCGGUGGAAGUCCAUGUCUAACCAGGACAAGCAGCCAUACUACGAGGAGCAGGCCCGUCUGAGUAAGCUCCACCUAGAGAAGUACCCAAACUACAAGUACAAGCCGCGGCCUAAGAGAACCUGCAUCAUUGACGGAAAAAAACUUCGUAUUGGAGAGUACAAGCAGAUGAUGCGCUCGCGGCGACAAGAAAUGAGGCAGUUUUUCACCGUGGGACAGCCACCACAGAUUCCCAUCACGACUAGCGCCAGCAUGGUCUACCCGGGGGCCAUCACCAUGGCAACCACCACACCCUCACCCCAGAUGACAUCAGAGUGCUCAAGUGCCUCAGCGAGUCCCGAGCCGCCCAUGCCCGUCAUCCAGGCCACCUACAACAUGAAGGUGGAGCCGCACGCCAUAGCGAACAACACCGAGCCCAUCAACGGCGAGGACGAGAUGGACAUGUACGAGGACUUCGAGGACGAGCCCAAAUCAGACUAUAGUAGUGAAAAUGACACACACGAGCCGGUGAACGCCAACUGAGAGUGGGGUUAACGCAGAGGAGGAGGAGGAGGCCAACGCAGACGCAACACUCACACGGGAGGACGACCAGAGGGCCGGCGUGAUCCGAGGGAGGGAAAUGAACGGCAAAAUUUAAAAAAAAAAAAAAACCCACA